AUGAUCUUUGUUCAAAUGAAUGAGGAAAAAAACAAAAAUGAGUAUGUAGAAUUACCCCUCCUUGACAACACAACCUUCUUAAAUCAAGCGGAACAAGAAGCAGACCAUGAUGAGAAGAAAGACAGCAGGAUGGAUAAAUUCAGAUACAUUUACGCAAAUGACAAACUAGAAUAUAUCUUUUUUUCCUUGUGCUCAUCCGCCGGAUUUUCGAGCACCGAAAACUUACUUUACGCUGCCAAGGCGACAAGGCAAAACUUCUUAGCCAUAAUUGUGUUAAGAAAUUUGAUCUGCGUGCUGUUCCACAUGAGCUGUUCCGGAGUAGCUGCUUACAAUAUUGCCUCGAGAAUGAAUCAUAAAAGCAGCAAUGGUUAA